AACAAACAAGUGUAGAACUUCAUAGACUAUAUAUUAUAUAGUAAUUAUACAAAAAAAAAAAUGGCUUCAACUAGCUUCCUCUUUCUUCAUGUGUUAGUCGUGUUUACUCUAGCACGCAUGGCUUUUUCGGAUUUGUCAGAUGAUUUCUACGAAGAUAUCUGUCCCGAAGCUUUACCAACUAUUAAACGGGUUGUUGAGGAUGCAGUCAGGCAAGAGAGGCGAAUGGGUGCCUCUUUGCUACGAUUGCAUUUUCAUGAUUGUUUCGUUAAUGGUUGUGAUGCUUCGAUUCUUCUUGAUCAAACAUCUAUUAUCGAUAGUGAGAAGACUUCUCGUGCUAAUAACAAUUCUGUCAGAGGAUUUGAAGUGAUCGAUAAAAUUAAAUCGGAGGUUGAUAAAGUUUGUGGACGUCCAGUUGUAUCUUGUGCAGACAUCUUGGCUGUUGCAGCUCGUGACUCUGUAGUUGCUUUACAUGGACCAACAUGGGAAGUGCAACUAGGAAGAAGGGAUUCCACUACAGCAAGUAGAACCACUGCCAACAAUGACAUUCCAACUCCAUCCAUGGAUUUACCAGCACUUAUCGACAAUUUCAAGAAGCAAGGUUUGGAUGAGGAAGACCUCGUUGCUCUCUCCGGUGGACACACACUAGGGUUUGCUCAGUGUUUCACUUUCAGGAAUCGCACCUACAAUGAGACUAACAAUAUUGACUCCACCUUUGCAAGCCAACGUCAAGCAAAUUGUCCUCGUAGUGGAGGUGAUUCCAAUCUUGCUCCCCUUGAUCCUACACCUGCUCUUUUCGACUCGAAAUAUUUCAGUAACUUGGUGUCUAAGAAAGGGCUUUUGCAUUCUGAUCAAGCACUAUUUAGUGGAGGAGAGACUGAUGAGCUUGUUAAAACCUAUAGUACAAACCUGAGGACUUUCUCGAAAGAUUUUGCUGAGUCUAUGAUUAAGAUGGGUAAUAUCAAGCCGUUAACGGGGAAUCAAGGCCAAAUUCGUGUCGAUUGCAGGAAGGUGAACUAAUGUUGCUAAUGAAAUCAAGUGUAUUUCAAAAUCAAUUUGUUAUUUUCAAUUGUAAUUGUGAUUUUAAUUCGUUUGGUACCUUAAUUUGUUGUUAUUUACCUAAAAUUAAAUAAAUUUAUUGUGAACAGAGAA